AUGAGGAUGAAGAUGGAAGGCUGUGUGCAGCUUAUUAUUGGGCCAAUGUUCAGCGGCAAAAGCACGGAACUCAUUCGUCGCAUGCACCGCUAUCAGCACGCGAAGCUCAAAUGUCUCUUGGUCAAGUACCUCUUUGACACGCGCCACUCGGACGAAAUGUUAGCCACUCAUGACAAGACCCUCGCGAUGGCAAUGCCGGUGCAAACGCUGGCUGAAGUGCGCCCUUUUCUAGACACGAUCGACGUGAUUGGCAUUGACGAAGGACAGUUCUACCCCGAUCUGGUCGAGUUUUGCCAAGACGUAGCGAACAUGGGCAAGAUGGUGGUCAUUGCGGCGCUGGAUGCGACGUUUGAGCGAAACGCGUUCGACAACGUAAUUAAGCUGAUCCCUGCAGCCGAGCAAGUCAUCAAACUAAACGCCAUCUGCUCAUCCUGCGGCCACGACGCAGCUUUCACGCGACGUCUCACAGCCGACAAGACGCUCGAGCUCAUAGGAGGGAGCGAAAUGUACGAGCCGCGCUGUCGUCAGUGCUUCAGCUUGAACUCGGUGCUAAGCAGUACUUCGUAG